CGCUUGUAUAAAUUGAGCAAAUCUGGGGGAAUUCGUUGGUGAUUUUAUUUUGUUGUUAGUUCUGGUUAAAAUAAAACGUUGUCCGUUUUAAAAUAAAAAGUUGUAAAAUAAAGGUUUGUUCUAAAUAAAAUAGAUAACAAUAUAUAAAUGCCAUUUUGACAUUUAAUAAUAUAUUUUGAGUGAAGAUUUGCGAUAUUAUAAAAUUCGCGCUAAUAGCAUUAAUUUUUAGUUGGCUACACUGCGCUCCUGUCGGUGACCAAACACCAAACCCCAAACUUUCUUUUUCGGUUCGCUUUGCUGUUUGUACGCGUAUCCUCCAUUUUGUUUAACCAAAAGGUUAAUUAUAUGUUUUGUGUAAUUAUUAACCCUUAAUGUUUUAAAAAAAUGAGUGAUUAUUCUGCGGUCGCUCCGCCACCACAACAAAAUUUUAAUCAGUCUUCAGCAUUCGCCGCAGCCCUCCAACGUGCCAAACAGAUUGCAGCUAAGAUUAAUCCGGGAACUACCGGCGGUGAGAAUAGACCGAAGAGGCCAUUAGAAGAUUGUACAGUAGAACCGGAUGCGAAAAAAGGACCUGGUUCCCUUGGACCUUUGCCUAACCCAGCCCCUCUGGGCAGACCCCCACAGAGUCAAAGUAUGGGGCCCCCUGGAAUGGGACCGCCUGGAAUGGACGACAUGAAAGUACCAGAUAAAAUGGUUGGAUUAAUAAUCGGUCGCGGAGGGGAGCAAAUAGCCCGGCUACAAGCAGAGACGGGUUGCAAGAUACAAAUGGCGCCCGACUCUCACGGUACGGGGGACCGAAUUUGUUCGUUAUCAGGUCCCAAAGAUGCGGUCGAGCGGGCCAAACAGCUCAUUACCGACAUUAUCCGGCAAAGAAGCGGCCCCCCCGGUGUAUCAGACGACGAUGAGCUGUCUUCUCCGAACGCUCAUUCAAACUUUCAAGGAAUGAAUAACAUGAGCAUGGGUCCCGGUGGUCCCGGCGGCGGCGGUGGAGGAGGAGGCGGCGGCGGAGGUGGCGGUCCAGGUGGACGCAACUCCGUCGAAAUCAUGAUCCCCGGUCCCAAGGUCGGUUUGAUCAUUGGCAAAGGUGGCGAGACCAUCAAGCAAUUGCAGGAAAAGAGCGGUGCCAAAAUGGUGGUGAUCCAGGAUGGUCCGAAUCAGGAGCACGAAAAACCGUUGGUCAUCAGCGGCGAUCUACAGAAAGUUGAGUACGCCAAGCAAUUGGUCUACGAUCUGAUAGCCGAGAAGGAAAUGAAGAACUUCAGUAGAGGUGGUGGCGGCGGAGGAAGAGGCGGUCGUGGAGGAGGAGGGGGCGGAGGAUCCAACGACGGGUACAACGAUUUCGGUGGUGGCGGCGGUGGAGAUCAAAUGGAGGUGUUGGUGCCUAGACCAGCCGUGGGCGUCGUAAUAGGCAAAGGAGGAGAUAUGAUAAAGAAGAUUCAAGCCGAGACCGGUGCUAAAGUCCAGUUUCAACAGGCUAGAGAUGAAGGACCAGGUGACAGAAGGUGCUUUUUGUCCGGCAAUCCUAAGCAAGUUGAAAUGGCCCGUCAACGUAUAGACGAACUUAUAGACAGUGUUCUGCAACGCGACGGCGGCGAUAACGGUAUGGGCGGUCCGAUGGGCGGCGGUAUGAGGGGUGGUCGUGGUGGUGGCCGCGGUGGACGUGGCGGUCAUCGCGGCGGUGGGGGCGGUUUCGACCGCGGUGAUAGAAACGGUGGUGGUGGUGGGGACUUUGGUGGCAACCAAUGGGAAGAUAGGAGAGGAGGUGGACCAGGCGGACAUCAGGGCGGUCCCCCGCAGGACGUGACGUCGUUUACUGUUCCUGCUAAUAAAUGUGGUGUCAUAAUUGGUAGAGGAGGAGAAACGAUAAAACAGAUCAACCAACAGUCGGGCGCCUAUUGCGAACUAGACAGGCGAUCCCAGAAUCCCAAUUCCAACGAAAAAGUAUUCCUGAUCAAAGGAGACCCGGAUUCUAUCGAAACCGCCAAAAGGAUCAUCCAGGAUAAAGUCCAGAUGCCUUUGAAUUUCGUUUCACAAGGAGGCGGAGGCCCCCCUUCGAUGAGCGCCAGCAUGCCCACGGCAUAUCCCGGUAUGGCACCACAGGGUUACAACCCACAAAACAACUGGGGCAUGCAGGGCGGCAACUACCCUCAACAGCAGCAAUGGGGCGGUCAACCGCAAGGUAAUGAUACCCAACAGGCUCCACCUAAUCAGGUUCAAAUGAAUCCUUCAACGGGACAGCCCGAUUAUUCCAUGCAGUGGGCUGAAUAUUACAGGUCCCUAGCAGGCAUGCACCGAGAGGCGGAGAUGAUCGAACAACAAGCGAAGGCUAAGGCCGUCACUGGUUCGGCGGCUCCGGGUAUGCCACAGGCGCCCGCGGGAGCUGGAGCCGCCGCUCCAUCUGCAGCUCCGGCCGGACAGUCUCAGGCCGAUUACAGUGCGCAGUGGGCCGAAUAUUACAGAAGCAUCGGCAAGCACAAGGAAGCUGAGGCCAUCGAAGCUCAGAUGAAGACCAAGACAAGCUCGUCAGUGGCACCCGGAUCUGCACCGGCGGCUCCAGGCACCCAACCGGGUUACCAAGCGCCGCAGGGCCAACAAGCCUAUGCCGGUUAUCAACCACAAGCCGCAGCAGCCGGUUAUUACGGAGCCCAACCGCAGGCCCCAGCAGUCCCUGGCGGUGUACCUCAAGGAGGUUAUGGCUUCCCGUCCUACAACUACGGAGGACAAGCAGCGGGUGGACCGGGCUCGCAGGAUUAAUGCUGAAAAUUUUAGAAUGCGGGCCGCAAUUGUCUACUAAGAACUUCCAGAGAAAAUCAAUUUCUUAGACCUUAAGAAUAUUUUAAAGAACAUACAAAAUACAACCAGGUAUAUUUUAAAUAAAAACAAAAACUAGCUGUGUUUGCCCGAUAUUAGAAGUCACGUACACACACGCUCAUGCAGUUAAUCCGAGACAAUUCUGUUUUUCACCAAUUUUUUUUCUUUCAUCAUAUUAGAUAUAUUUAAAUCAAUCUUAGACGUAAGAGUUUUUUUUUUUGUUUCUAAAAUAAUGCAGUUGAUUGACAACAGUUGGAAAAUUGAAUUCCAAUAAAAACUUUUGACUAUACAUAUUUUUAUUUGCUUUUUUUUAAUGCCCUUUUGUAUUAUUUUCAUAGAUAUCUAUAUAUACAUAUACAUAUUGGUAGUAGUGCUAAAUAUAGGUAAAAUGUGUGUUUUUCCUUCAUAUAUUCUGCUCAUGUUCGACAUUUUCAUUUUGAAUUAGAAUGUAAGUUUAAUAUUAUAGGAGUGUUUUUAAGUAACGCCGUGUUUUCUUAACAAUGGAGACUGGAUCUGCUUUUUGGUAAGGAUUUAGCGCCGACUUUAUCUCGGAAAAAGUAACAUUUACCGCUUUAUUUUAGUCUGCAAAAAAUUAUUUGUUUUUUAACAUUAUUAUAUUUAGUACGUGCGAUCAGUGUUACUUUUUAUGUGAGAGGGUUAAACUGCAAAGGAAAAAAAAUUAAAACAAUUAGUUGUUAUAGAUAUAUGUUUUAAGUUAAAUUUUUAAUAUGUACUGCGGAUAAUAUUUGCUUCACUCUGUAUAAAUAUUAAACAUGACUAUACUUUGGUGUUUCUUCUUUGUUAUUUAUUAUGAU